UCGACUGGGUGGUACCAGUAUUCAUCUUUCGCCGAAGCAAAACCUCCCAAAGAUCAAGGAGAGGAAGCGCACAGAACACAAACCUUGGCUGCGGUGGAAGUGGCUCGAUCCGACCAAGAAAGUCUGAACCCAGCUCUAUUAAUCCUCAAGAAGUAACAAUGAGCAACAACAUGAACGUUUCUUCGAUCCUCGAGGUGAACUCCCAGUCCAUUGAGCACCUUCGUGCGGGUAGGUUCAGUGAGGCCAAUGAGGGCCUUGGGCAAGUCUUGGAAGGGAUGAAACGGUACAUCCAAUCAUCGGGUCCGUCAGAGUCAACGGAUCUGGGUGGGAAUGCCAUGAUCAGUGAGCAGCAGCAGCCAGGCAAGGCUGCUGUAGCUGCUACGGCUCCUUUUGUCCUCCGCACAGAGGACGUUCCCGUGAGGACGGGGGAUACCGCCAAAGACGAGGUCCUCUCGCUUUUCGCCCGAGCAUUCUCCGUCCCUGUUCUUCCCAUGACCAAGGGAGAGAAAGCUGCUUCGUUGAUGGCCUUUGUAUACAAUCUUGCCUUUGCCCGCCACUCGGAGGCCCUUGCUACCCAAGAUAACGUGCUGUCUCGAGCACUACUGGGACAGGCAGGAAAGUUGUAUCAGACAGCCUUGAGAGUGGCCAGCAGUCACCUGGAAGACGAGCAAUCCCUAGACGGCUUUCCAUGCCUUCUAUUGGCCACUGCCAACAAUUAUGCCCAUGUCUUUGUGGAGCAGUUUGAUGCCCAAGAAGCCGGAAAGGGUGUUUCCAUGUUGCACAGCCUGAUGAAGGAACCUUCCGUGCUGAGGGAAAUGCCUGAAGAAGACUACUCCUUCUUUGAAAGCAACGUGAUUAACUUCCUGGAGUCUCCCUUGUUUUCAAUUGCUCCCGCAGCCUAGCGUUGUAAGGGUUAGACCGUAGCCUUUUACGCUUGUGUUGGUUGCUCACAAGAACAAGAACCUCAUAGCAAGCCAGGCUGGAACAGACAGAUUAACAAUCACUCUACUCAAUUUUACUAAGAAAUGCAUUCCAAUUAUCUACCUGCUGAAGCCGUUUGCCCCGUUGUCUCGCUCGGACAGGUACCGGUACUAGUGCCCUCUGCUGCUCACAAAGGCUCUCGUGCCAUGAUGACAUAGACUAGAGACUAGCUAGCUUCAGCGAGCGAUGAGGAUGU